AUGACGAGGUUGAAGAGCGCAAUCGCCACUGUUGUACCGAGGCAGCAGAAUGCGACGCGCCGUGCCAGAGCGGUUUUACCCUCCCCUAUUGCAUUCCCCACCAGCACCGAGGCGGCGAUGAAUGUCCCCGAUGCGUUCGCCCAGCACACCCCAGACAACUGGAACACAAUGCCAAACGCCGCGAGCUCCUCCGGUGUGCCGAAGCCGGAGCAGAUGUUGUUGAUCUCCAGCGACACCCACUCGCUGAGCAUCAUACCCAUCGAUGGGAUGGCGAGGCUCAACAGCGGGCCCCAGUUCCGGUACGCACCAUCGUCCCAGCCACCCCAGGUGUCCUUGUACUUCUUCGUCACAACGAGGUAG